AUGGCUAUGGCACCGGAGGCCGUCGUGGAGAUGGAGGACAUCAUACGCGUCGUCCUCCCCUGCCUCCCCGCCCCGCCCUUCCGCACCACUGGUGCCUCCCGUCGCUCCCACAGCCCCCGCGGCGGCGGCGGCGAGGACCGCAUCAGCCGCCUCCCAGACGCGGUGCUCUCCAACAUCGUGGCGCGCCUCCCCGCCAAGGAUGCAGCGCGCACCACCGCGCUCUCCAGGCGCUGGCGCCGCGUCUGGGCCUCCACGCCGCUCGUCCUCGACGACUCCGACCUCCUCGUCUUCCGCGACGGCGGCGGCGGCCGCUCCGCGGCCGUCAACUGGCCAGCCGUCACCGACGCCGUCUCCCGCGUCAUCGGCGGGCACAGGGGCCCCAUCCGCUUCGUGCGCCUCACCUGCUGCUUCAUGGAGCUGGCCGCGCGCCACGGCAUUCUCCAGUACUGGCUCCGGGUCCUCGCCGCGGGGGGAGUCGAGGACCUCGUCCUCGUCAACCGCCCCUUCCCCCGCUCCCUGCGCCUCCCCGUCGACGAGCCAGAUGGCAAGCUCAAUUCGAAGUUCUGGGAAGAGGUUGGCUCCAUCGACUGCCUAGAGACACACAUCACCAAGGUGGUGUUUGACAAAUUCAGAGGAGAGCGCUGCCAGCUCGCGUUCCUCAAGUUCAUCCUAGAGAGGGCACAAUCGCUGCUGAAGCUUGUGAUUGUAUUGGCCAAUGGAGAUCAAGCCUCAGUGGAUGAGAUGCUCACCAAGUUGAAGUCUCUGACCAUGGCGAAACGAGCCAGCGAAUGCCCUACUCUGUUGGCAGUCGUCCGUGAGGGAGACAGCGCCUGA